AGAAAAAAAUCGAGUUCCUUGCCGGAUAUCAGAUGCCAGCCUACGCCAACGGCACCCAAUCCAUCGGGCUCUCCUCCACGCAGCAACAUCGGCCUUGAUAUUGACAAGGCCUGUUCCGCUCCUGCCAGCACCCUUAACGGCAUGGAAUUUCUUUUCCAACUGGCUGCUGGCUUUGCGAACGGAACACAAACCGAGGCUCAUCAGAAUCAUACUACAAACAGCAGCGACCACCCCCCAGCCGCUGAUACAGCCAGCACGAUGUUGGACAAUGUCCAGCCUAGCAGCCAUAGCGGCCCGGGCCAUACGGCCAUGGGCCCUCAGGCUAGUUCGGCGGUUACCCCUUCGGAUACCUCUAGCAUCAAGCAUGAGAUCAAGCCGGUGUGCCCCCAAGAAGCCAACAAGACACUUGGCAGCCCCCACGACACUCAGCUAGUUUCGGCAGCCAUUCUUGCUGCCCCGCUGAAUGUGCCAGAGCAUAAGAGCGACAUGUAUGAAGAGAGGCUCCAAGAGAUGACGGGCCGCUACCGUGCAAAAGUCCAGGAGUUGUCCAAGGCCAAGGCUAAGCUUGACGAAUAUGCUGCCCAGAGGGAGGAGCUUGAGACUGAGCUGGCCAAGGAGAGCAGCUUAAUCGAAGGCAUUAUUGAGGAGGCCAACACAAAGCUGCAUGAGGCCAGACGGGCGUAUGCCGCACUAAAGAAGAAUUCUGACACCGAGUUGGCUAAGAAGAACAACGUGAUCCAUGACCUCAAGAAGGAUGCUAAGGCAAAGAUGGACGAGAAAGAUGGCCUCAUCGCGAAACUACAGCAGGAGGCACUUGCUCACGUGGACCGGCAUCAGCCAGCCUUCGAUAGCACCAUCGUGAGCGCGUUCGACAAGGUCAACCUCAAGAUCAACGCCCUUGUGCGUCGCAAUGCUGCCGCCAGCAGCAAUGUCGGAGUCGGCGGAGAAGUGACUGAGGUCAUUACCCUGGACAAGUUUGCUGAGGCUGUUCUCCUCAAUCAUUGGGGCAGGCUUGCGGUCAAGUCAGAAUGGCACCAUCGGCACGUUGCUAAGGCGUGGAGGUCAGACCCCAGAGUGCGUGCAUUGAUGCUUAGGGCCAUGGUUUGGAACUUCCUCGCACGUGAGCUGUUCGACUUCAAGAAGCCGUUUGCCGCCCUCAAUUCCACGGCUACAAAAGACAUUGGGCGUCAUUACAUGGAGGUAUUCCUUGAUCCCAUCACAUCAGACGAGAACGCAAAAUGGCGAGCCCUCACAGCCAAGAUCCUGACCGAGUUCGAAGCGGGGUACCCUGAGCUUCGAAAGGCCUUACUCGAGCGUCUCCAGGACCGAUUUGUCGACCUUAUCUACAAUGAGAUCGCGAUAAGGAUCGACGCGCGGCCACCGCUGACACGUGAUUUUGUUCACCAGCACGUGAAGGCAGGCAUGGCGCGAGACCUCGAGCCGGUCCUGCAAGCGGCUAUUGAGCUGGCCACUCUCACCAGCAAGGAGCGAGCUUGGUAUCAGCUGUACUUUCCCAACCUUCGAAAUGAAAAGUAUCACAAAGGUGCCGAGCACCCCUUCAUGACUACCGAUCCGACGUCACUUGCGAUCAACGUCCGCAUGGCCGAUUACGAUGACGACGAGGAGGGAUCCGUCUGCCUUUUGGCGUCGCCAGUUCUCUUGAAGUGGGGAAAUGGAGCCGGUGAGGGCUUGAACCAGUAUAUGGUGCUGCGCAAGGCCUUUGUAUGGCGAUCGGAGGAGGUCCAAGUCUAG